AGGAAGAAGCAGCGGGAGGCCGUUGUGUUGCACGUAGCUAAAGCUCGGAGUUCCGUUUGUAUUGGAAUAUCCGCAGAAAAAGCUGCAAUUUAUUCGCGGAGUUCCGCAUUUCGGUCCUCCUCGUUCAGUGACCUCCGCAGCUCUCCCGCAGCGUGCCCGUGAGGAGCCGCAGGACCUCCGCGGAAGGAGAUGUACCGCGGUCGGCCUCCUCCGAGAGGGGGCUACCCGCCUCCCUUUGAAGGCCGGGGUCCGCCUCCGCCGAGGCCCUACCCGGCCCCGGGCUACAGGGACGACCGGAGCCGGCCCAGACCUCCGUACCACUCCGGCUACCACGAUCACGGACCCCCGGAUCCCUACCGCCGCUCCCCGCCGCGCAGGAGGUACCCUUCCCCGGGCUCAGACAGCAACCGCGGCGGAGAGUUAUGGACCGGAGGUCCGCCGAGAGAGAGGUCUCUGUCUCCACGUGGCCCGAUUCCCCUGGACCACAACCUCGUCAUCACUGUUGGCAACGAGCUGAAUGGACCUUCUGGCUCCGCCUCCUUAUGCCAUCUCGAAAGACGGGAGUACGAGCAAAGUCGGGGCCGGAGCAAACCUCGCAGCCGCAGUCCCGACCGGAGUCGGGCCAGGAGUCUUGGAAGGAGCAAGAGCCGUCCCCGUAGCCAGAGCCGCAGUCCGAAACGGAGCCGGGCCAAGAGCCGGGGCCGAAGCCGCAGUCCGGACCGGAGCAGGGCUAAGAGCCAGAGCCGCAGUCCAGACCGGAGCAGGGCCAAGAGCAGGGCCAAGAGCCAGAGCCGCAGUCCAGACCGGAGCAGGGCCAAGAGUCGGGGCCGCAGCAAGAGUCGCCCCCGCAGCAGGUCUAAAUCUAGGCCCAGAUCCAGGUCUCGAUCCAGAGGAAGGAGUCAAGGACAAAGUUACAGCAAAGGGACGAGCUAUGCUCGCAGUAAGAGCCGUCAGAGGAGCCGCAGUCGCAGUGCAAGCACCAGCUCGAGCUCAAGCAGCCGCAGCAGAGGUGAUGCUACAGAUUUGAAUAAAGGGUUUAAGGAGCUAGAAAUGGCUCGCCGCAGGAAGGAACUUGAGGAGCUGCUCACGUUACCAACAAAGUCCAUCCUGAAGAAACGCAGCUCCGAGGACUCGCCAUCCGUCAGGAGCACGGACUCUCCUCAAACUCAGGAUGGCUCCAUGUCCCGACUGGCCGAUCAGCUCCUGCAGGCCGUCAAAGGCGCUGACCCUCGCAUGGUGGCGUCCAUGCUUGCGGAGCUGCGGUCUGAUCCACAGAUGGCUCGACGUGCUGGCCUCGACGCUGAGAUCAAAGAAAUCCUCAGCCUGCUGGGGAUGACAACGCCGGGGCCCAGGACUCAGGAGAAGGUGCUGGACGACAUUGACGAUGAGGAGAGAUUCCUGUAUGGCGAUUCGGAGGAACCCAAACCACCGCCGGCGCCGGAGCCAGUCUUGACUCACAGUCUAGACUUGUAUGGAGACGUAACUGAGGAGGCGCUGUAUGGAGACUACCCACAGCAGAAACUGGUCUCUGCUCAGACACACGGAUGUACCCUUCAGCCCCCUCACUCCACGGACAGUUAUGUGAGCCGGCCCACCAUCAGCCCCGACCACAACACCACGGCCCAGGUGUCGAACCCCGCUCCCCCACCGGGGAACGAGCCCCUGGAGGAGAGCGAGCGCCAGGCACUAGAAGAGUACGAGAAGAUCCAGGAUCUGCUUAAAACCAUCGGUCUGGACCUCGGAGUGGCCGAAAUUACCAAGAUGGCUGCCAGGACCAAAGAGCGUCUCCACGGGAAGAAACCCCCUACAAAGACGCCCACGCGGCGCAGACGGUACUCCUCCGACAGCUCUGAUGGCAGCCGGCAGGGCCGUAGGUCACGAAGCCACAGUGGCAGCUCUAGCAGCACCAGCCGGAGCCGGAGCCACGGACGCGGUGCCACUGGCGCCGGCUGGAGCAGCGACGAGGAUGACCGCAGGAAGAGCUCAGCUCCGCUCAAAUCUCACCAAGACCAUGACAUUAAAGAGGAGAAAGGCGAGUGGAGCAACACGGCAGCGCCGCCCUGUCAGACUCCAGAGCCAAGCUGCCACCCCCCUCAUCCAGGUGUACCCAUCCCCACCUACCCCCCCGUGCAGGUCCCCGCCAUGAUGCACCCCAGCUACCCUCCACCUGUGUACAGUCAGUAUGGGAAUUACUUGCCCUUCGUACCCCAGCAGUGGCCCCCCACAUAUCCACCCCCAAACAUGAGGAUGCCGCCUCCUACAGUUGCUGAGGAGUACCCCCCCACACUGCCCUACAAACAGGCUUAUACCCCUGAGCCAGGGGUCAAAGGUUUGGUGAAGAGCUCCACCCAACACGCAGAGAAGGGGAGCGCCAAAGCUGCGAGAGUGUCUGAGGAGCAGAACAACGAGAGCCAGAAACAGAAGGUUCUGGAAGAGAGAGAGAAGCUGAAGCAGGAGCGAGAGAUCAGGAUGAAGAAGAAGGAGUAUCUGAUGAAGGAGCUGGAGAGACUCAGGAAGCAGCAAGGUGAGCUGCUGAGGAAGAAGCGCCGGGAGAAGGAUGGCCACAAGGACCCUCUGCUGCAGGAGAUCAGCCACCUGCAGGAGGAGGUCAUGGCCCAGAUCUCCAACCUCCGCAAGGAGCACGAGGCUGCCGAGAAGAAACGCAGCGAGAUCGAGAAAGUGGCACUCAUCCUUGGCCUGAACCCGUCGGACCGACCCCGCAGGAUCAGCAAACCGCCUGAGGUCCAGAAGGCUGAGCAGCAGACUCCACCACAGAAGAAGAAACGUGAGGCGGAAAGGAGCCCAGAAGGCCAGCCGGCGGCCAGCGGCCCCAUGAUGAAGCAGACUUCCGUGACUCUGUCGCCUUCGAAGGCGUCCCUGCACACGCCGCCCGACGCCACUGCAGCUCCAGCUCCGCCCCCCGAGCCCUUUGAAUACUAUGACGCUGGAAACCACUGGUGCAAAAACUGUAACGCUACAUGUGGUUCCAUGUUUGAUUUUUUCACACACUUGCACAGCAAAACGCACCUAAAGACUCUGGACCCGUAUGACCGACCCUGGGCUUCCACUCCGAGCAAAAUCAAAAAGAACCAGCUGCCAGACGAGAAGCUGACUAAACCCGCUAAAGGUACUGGAAAUGGACACUUCCAUAAGGUAAACAUGAUUGGUAGCUCAUUUAUCCUCCGUUUGAGGGUUGAAAAUGUUGUGUGUCGCGCUGCAGGUUCGGAGUUCCUGGUACCCGUCAGAGGAUUCUUCUGCCUGCUGUGCAGAGAGUUUUAUGGCGACGGCAUCUGUGCAGAAGAGCAUGUCACCACGCACGCUCACAACGAGAAGUAUAAGAAACAAAUGUAUGAGAACCCACUGUACGAGCAGAGGCGGAACCUGGACCGCCAGGCGGGACUGGCCUUAGAGGCGAGUGGAAAGAAACGCAAACACGACGACGAUGAGAAAGGCAGCAAAGAGGAAAAGUCCAAACACAAAAAAGAGAAAAAGGAAAAGGAGAAAAAGAAAGAAGAGAAUGCUUCAAAGGAGGACAAGUCCAAAAUUAAAAAGGAGGAAGACGAGGAUAAGCUGAAGCCAAGCAAAAAGGACGAUUUUAAGAAUGCCAAGAGCCCUGAAAAAGAGUGGCCUUAUUACAGCAAGAAAAACAAUGAUGAAAAGUACAACUACAGCAAGAAGGAUGACAAGUACCAUUACAGCCGAGAGGAAGACGAGAGGGACAGCCGGCACAGAUACAGCAGGGAUGAGGAAUAUCGGUACCAUUACCGCACCGAUGCUAAUGACCGUCCCAAAUAUGGUUCAAAAGAUGAUGGGGACAAAUUUAAAGGUGGCAAAUAUUCAGAUGCCAGAUCCAAAUAUGAGAAAGAGCGAGAUGAAUGCAAACCUAAAACUGAGAGGGAAGGUUUUAAAACGUUUGAGCCAGAGAAGCCGGCAGUCAGCAACCCCGAACCACUACCAAAACCCUACGAACCGCCCAAAAUUCUUUGUGGCCCCAGUCCGGCCAUGAGGGCCAAGCUCCGCAAGCAGAGCCUGGAGGCCGGCAAACCAACUACAGCAGCAACAACCACAUUCGGAAAGUUCAUUUGGAAGAAGAAGGAGAACAUGCUUGCAAAGGAGGCGGAGAAAGUUGCUGCAGAAUUCAUCAAAGAGGAUGAAGCCGCUGCCAAGUCACCCUCGGUGGAAGACUCUUUUGCAAAGUCAGUAGCUGUUGCCAAAGAGAUCGCAGAGAAGCUGGGAAACAAACCAAGCGUAUCUGCUCCCUGGAUGUCCAACCGGGGACGGAUCCGACCCAACCUCCCUACACCUGCUCUAGGUCUGAGGAAGCCAACCAUGAUGGGCAGACCUGCAUCUCUGAAUACCUUUCUGUCCAUUAAACCCCAAAACCCUACUUUAGUAGAGUCUCUUCCAACAGAGGGCGCAGUACUCCCGCCUCCUCCCGUGAGUUCCGGAAAUGGUCUGCUUCAGACUAAAAUGGUCCCAUACGUUGAUAAACUUGGGCCAUUUGAGGGAGUCCUUCCCCUGUUUCAGGUUAGACCUCCACCCGUGGUGCCUGUACCAUCUGAAUCUACUCUGCCAGUUUCUGAACCAGCCCCAGUCCAGCCAAAUCCUGCCCCUGCUGGUGUUACAACUCCUACACCUUCUAAAUUUAACCCUGCUCCACCAGUUUUUGAACCUGCCCGAGUCCAGUCAACUCCUGCCCCUGCAGGUCUCACAACUCCUACACCUUCUAAAUUUAAUCCUGCUCCACCAGUUUUUGAACCUGCCCGAGUCCAGUCAAAUCCUACCCCUGCAGGUCUCACAACUCCUACACCUUCUAAAGUUAACCCUGCUCCACCAGUUUCUAAACCUGUCCCAGUCGACUUAAAGUCGGUCCCAGUACAGGCAAAAUCUUUAACUUCUUUAGCUACCACAGCUACUCCAGCACAACCAGCCAUGAUAAAGAUUGUGUCUGACGUGGCAGCUCCUGGUGUUCCAGAGGGUGAGCAGACUCGUACGGUGUUUGUCAAACCUCCACCUUUCAUGAAUAAGUGUGAUGGAGCUCAGAAAUCGGACAAAUUUAGGAGCAACCUGGCUGCAGCCAGAGCCCAAGAUUUAUUUGGCAUCUUCUACAGCAGCAUCAGCCAAACGGGCCCCUCCUCCUUCAGCAAACCAGCAUCAGAUACUAGAGCUGAAGGCAGUAGUGGCAGUAAAAGUCCAUUUCCAGUUCCAAAAGCCCUAACACCCCAACCACGGUCCAAACCACACCCAGAAUUACAGCCCCAACCUGAGUCUCAGCCACAGUCCCAACUAAAGCCCAAACUGCACCCUGAACCUGGGUCCCAGCCACAGUCCAAACCACAGACACAGCAACACCUUGAACUCCAGCCUGAACCACAGCCCAAGGCACAAGGUCUUACUCAGUUCCCGCUUCCAAAUGAACUCCAAAGAUCUCCACAACGAAAUCCAAAUGAGCAGCCACAAAACCCACUGACCCCGACAAACUCAGGCAUUCAAAUUAUGUCUGUCUGGUCCCUGCAGUCUGCCAAAGACUCUGCAUCUGAGUUGGCUCUACCUAAUGAAAGAAACACGCAAAUGGCUCAACCAAGAGUGUCUCCCCCGCUUCAGUGUGAGGUUCAGAGUGCACCUGAAGACCGGUCCGUGACAGCCAAAUUGGAUCCCCAAGUCUUCCCAGAGAGUCAGUCUUCCAGACUGGAGUCCCAGCUCAAACCAUGUCCUGAAAGUCAAAUAGAGCCCCAACAGUCAGGAUUAAGCAAGGUCAACGAAUUCCAUCCAGAGACUCAUUCUGACACAGAACCUGAACCCAAACCAAAAACGGGUCCUAAAACUAGGGGUAAGAAAACCCCGCCUGCUCCUCGGCCAACCCGGCAAACUCGAUCCCAAACAAGAUACCAAACCCGACAGCAGCUGAACCAGAACCAGCCUGAACCAGAACCCGAGUCAGCUUCAGGUGACACUGAUGCUGCAACUACAGACCCAAAGAACUUGGACAUGGUAGAUGCUGGCUCUGUGUCGCAGCCAGAGGCUGAGGCGUCCAGUGAGGCGAACCCUCAGAUUAUGAAGAUAACUGCAGAAACACUGGGCUUGCCCUCUGACAUGACCUCACUGGACUUUGAAUAUGAUUUUAACUUUGAGUAGGAGGCGACUGGGCUUUGUGACAUGGGGGCGGGGCUUAUUCUAACCGCUCGGCUAUCCAGAAAGGCUGAAGCCACAAUGUGUCACAUAGUGGAGGGACUUCACCUGUCUAAAGGACCAGAUUUAUUUAGAGUUUAAUUGAAUUCCUUUGUUCACUGUUUUCUCCAGAAUUUGUUUUUAGGUCUGCUUGAUCUCAUAGAAACGUGUCCUCACCCAGCAGUCUCCUAGUUUUGCAGCUUUUGCUUACACUUCAUAGGUUUCCAAUAGACUAAAAGAAGAAUUUAAAUACUCAAAUAAACCUGUAAACUGCUUGAUUUAUGCCAUUUCUGUUUAAAUAACACAAUAAACCUCCUCUCUUUGAUCAUAUUUGGCAGCUGGGACCGCUGGUGUGUUGCGUUUUGGAGUUGCAUUUAAAUGAAUAAUGAUUCCACCUAACAGGACUAGUGAGCUCAUGUAGAUGGCUGCCAUCCGAUCUACUGAACGAGAAACCUUAUAAAAUCAGAGUGCUCACCCGGUCUGGUUGUGAUUUGUUAGUUUUUAGUUACCGUGUACCUGUUGCUACCUGGCUCUAAAUAAUAAAAACACAAUUGCAGACUUUCAGCCUGACCGUCUUUGAAAUACAUAAACCAGGCUCGGUCAAGCACAGUCUUUUAUUGUAAUGACACAACUUGUCCUUUGAGGCAGCAGAGUGUCUGUCUGAGGUGCUCUCUGUUGAAAGUGGAGAUGCAGCUGACAAUGAUGAUGAUUUGGAUGAGUCUGCUAGGACUCCUGUGAGUUUCCGUACUCUGAGGGGAACCUGGAACACUUUAAUCCUUGAACCCUUUCACAGUUCAUCUGGACCGACCGUUUGUUUCACCUCAUUUCUGCUUCUUGUCACAGGAAAUGUUGGCCUAGAACCUUUCGGGAAAUAAAAGAUUCCUGAAGUCAAAAAAAGCCCAACAAAGUUCAGACAGUUCAUCCCAGGGACAUUUCUUAAAUUUUCAAGCCAUCGGUGUAUUUAUUUUAUUUUUUUAUAGGCGACCUUUCUGUUGUUGAUCUCAGACUUGCUGGAUGUCUUCCCCUGUGUAAAGGGUCUGAACUGAAUCAUCUGUCUCAGAAUAGAUGAAUGGCUGGGAAAUGCUAGAAACCAACCUGAGACCUGGACCUCAAAGUUCCUGAACCUACAGAGAAUAUGGCAUCUCAGAACACGAGGUGAGGCUUAAUUUAGCAACCAGACCGUCAAAAGUUUCUUAGUGUCUGGGAAAUAUGUCAAUGUGAAGAUCUGAGUCAUGGUCCUUUCACUGGUUCUCAGUGUUUGAUCCAGCUAACCCAGAUUAACUCACUGUAAUGUACUAAAUUUGUGGUUAACCUGUUUAAGAACUUGCAGAUGAGAGGCUGUAAUCCCAUUUAGGGUUGUAAAGCAGAGCGUAAAUUACUAAGAGGAAAUGUUGUUCCCUCAUCACCUGUUGAGCGGGCUCGUACAGAUGAAACUGAUGGUUGGAAGUCUGCUCCUGCAAAGAGCACAGUGUAGUUUUGGGGGUUCACAGUUAAGGCCUCGUUUCAUCCUGUUUCGACCUCGGAAAGCUUGUUCUGAUGCUCCUGAAUGAAACAGUUACUGGAACUGCUUCGGAUGUUCUUCCUUCAUCGUGUCUGAAACUGCUCGUUCUGUAAUGUGUUAAAGUUUUAAUAAAAGGAGAAACUCCA